UCGUUCGCCGGGCAGUGUUCGAUAUCUAGCCAAUCGGAUUCAAAGUACGAGUCAGCCGUAGAUCGUUCAAAAACGGUGAAAUUAAAGCGAUCGAGGAAACAAACUGAUCUAGUGGUGGAGGAAUUCGCGAUGAAGGAGACGCUGACGAAGCAGGAGAUCAAGCGGGAAUGGGAGGAGAACGAAGUCGAGGAGAAUUCGCCACGGAUGGCGAGCAGCACGACAUCGGCCGACGAGCAACAACGAUCGGCCGACGAGCAACAGAGUCCUCGAACGGUGAUCACCGCGAGAAGGCACGUGCGCACCAUAACCACCGCCGGCCACAUAACCGAGACGGUGGCCGAGCCCGACGCCGAUUCGCCCGACGUUGCCGGACGACUUGAAUCGACGUCGUCGUCGUCGUCGUCGUCGUCGUCGCAGUCGCAGCAACACCAACAGCAGCACCAUCACCACCACCACCACCACCACUAUCAUCACAAUCAUCAUUCUCGUCACCAUCCUCACCGAUCCAUCGACGACAACGAUCAACAACAACAGUCUAGAUCGCGCGCGUACGAGGACGAGCAACAGGAUGCAGGAUGCAAGCAAACGUCGCCGAGUUUCUCAGUGCAAAUUUCUCAGACCGAGGCGGCGGAGCUGCAACAGCAGAAUGCUCGCCCACGCGAGCAAUCUCUCGUCUACCUGACGAGCAACGGUGAAGAAGUGCGCGUCGAGGUAACGGAAGCGGUGGAUCCGUCGAGCGUGCACCUGACGAUGAAGGAAACGGUUAGGUACGAGACGCCGGAUCCGGAUAGAACGGAGAACGCUGAUCGCAUGUACGGUGGAUAUUCGACGGACGGACAACAACAGCAGCAACAGCAGCAACAGCAGCAACAGCAGCAGCAGUUGAGGAGGGACUCGAACAACCACGGGCUGGCGGUGCACGAGAAGCGAAUCGUGCAUCAGUCGUCAGCCGGUGGUGGCAGUCAGCGAUACAGUCCGCGGGGGGAGGGUGGCGGCGGUCAGUCGAACGGUGGAAACGGAGGAGCAAGAUCGUAUCAGCAGCACGGUUCGUCGCCGGUGUUGGUUGCAACGAGUUGCGACGAGUACGAGAACAGCGGGGCGAACAUGGUCUCUCACGCGAGCGGCGCGACCGUCGGGGUGCAGCAGCUCGAUUCACCGGCCGCGCCUUCGUCCUACUCUCCGCCGAUCGUUGCUGCCGACGGAGGAAUUCGCGCGACGACUGUGGCUGUCGCCAAUCAGCAGCAUUCGGCACAGCAGCAAAUCAUCACGGGCUACGUAAACACCGGGGGCGGAGUGAGCAUCAAGUACGAGACGGAGACGACGACGUCGGCGGCGACGAACGCCGCGGUGGCCGCAGCGGCUGCGGCGGUGGCGGCCGCCGUGCCGGUCGACGGUAUCAAGGUAUCCAGCACCUACACCACGCUCGAGACCGUCUCGAUACCGCCGCAGUCGCAAACCGUUCACUACCACCAGUACAUAUCCCACGCAGGCAGCGACACCGCGUUCCCACCGCAAGCUUCCACCUACACGUACAGCAAACCAUGCGGCGGCGAACAAGUGAUCCUGGCGUAUCCGUCGCCGGGUCAACUGUCGACGCGCGUUACCGGGGUGGAGUCGCCGGGAAGCGCGUACAUGAAGGGCGGCGAUCCGACGCUGGCCUCCUCGCUGGGAGGGUCGCGCGGCGUGCCAGUGCCUCUUCACUACGAGCAGCCAGGCUCGCCGGGUGGUUCUCAAGUGACGCUCUACGGGACCGGGACUUCUGCAUCGUACCCUUACGGCAAACCGACCACCACCGGCGGCGGCGCCGGAGCCGGCGGAGGCGGCGGCGAGUACUGGUCGAACGCUGGGACGCCGUCACCGCCGGCCUUCGACUGCGUCUCCGGCUAUCAGAACGUGACGGCCAUCUCCGUCGGCGACGCGGCCAACAUACAGCUGUAUUCCGGCGGGGCGUACAGCGUCUCGACCGGCGGCACCACCACCCCCGUCCCCUCGCCGUGGUCGAAUCUACCGCUCACCGGCGGCGAGGAGGCCGCCGCGUUCGACGGCACGAUCGUCGCCGAUCCCAAGGAGUGCUUUGGCUGCGGCAUCCCCACCAACGCCUGGCGAAGGGACGAAACUGGCCGUUGCUACUGCCACAAUUGCAUCUACAACAAGAUGAACGGAGUGAACAUGAGGCCGGCCAUGACCAUGAGAUGCGGCAAACCGAAGCAACCCGUUGCCCCGACGGGUGUACGAAGGACGGGCGUUCAGUGCGCCAAUUGCAAGACCAGCAACACGACCCUCUGGCGACGGAACAACAACGGCGAGCCGGUGUGCAACGCUUGCGGCCUCUACUUCAAACUGCACAACGUAAACAGGCCGCUCAGCAUGAAGAAGGAGGGGAUACAGACGAGGAAGAGAAAGCCGAAGAAUCACUCGGGGAUGAGCGGGAACUUGGCAGGUCCCAGCGGCAUGCACAAGACCGAGAUUAAGUCUAGCUUACUCGUGGACUCGCUGCAGUUGAACGUGUACGGGAGCGGUGGUAGUGGUAACGGGGGCGGGAUAGGGGCCGAUGCGACGACGAAGCAGGAGGACGAGAGCGAGCCACUGACUGGAACAGGUACAGCAGGUGGUGGUGGUGGUGGUGGUGGUGGCGUCGGCGAUGGUGAUGGUGACGGUGGUAGUGGUAGUGGUAGUGGUAGUGGUGGUGGUGGUGGUAGUGGUGCUGGUGGUAGUGGUAGCAGCGGCGGCGACGACGGUAUCGGCGGAAGCGGGUUGGGAGGGAACAGAGGAUCCGACGAGCGUCGUUCAACCGUAGGUACACCGACCACGGGGCGAUCAGGCCACGCGUACUCGCCCCUCGCUUUACCCACCGCCGCAACCCUCAAUCGACAGACAACCCUU